AUGUUUAAGCAUAUGGAUCUUUGUGUUGACUUGAAGAGCGGUCGAUUCGCCAAGGACGGAUUGAUCCAGUACCGUAUAAUCUGCCAACAUGUGAACGUGAGCUCUUUGGAGGAAGUGAUCAAGCACUUCCUAAAUCUUGCUACCGAGAAAGCUGAGAAGACUGAAGCCCUAGCGGAGGCCCUUGAUGUCUUCGACGAUGAGCUUGAAGCUGAUGUCAAGUUUCUGUGGGAGACAUACAGAACAGUGCUUGAGGUAUUGCGACACAGCUCAAAGUUGGAAGAACUUUAUGCGAUGACAGCACAGAAAGCCUUACAGUUCUGUAAGAAGCACAAGCGACCAACAGAGUUCCGUAGGCUUUGUGAAAUCAUUAGAAAUCAUAACAGAUACAGAGACCAAAGGGAGCGUUCUGACUUAUCAUCUCCUGAGAGUUUUCAGCUUUGUCUUGAUACAAGAUUUGAGUUGCUACUGAGCUUGGACUCUGGCAGGAAGCUUUUCGUUCUGCUGAAGAUCCAUCUUUAUCAUGCAUAUGCAUGGUUCAAGCUGUUUAUCUUGCAGAGCAAGUACUUAAGCAAAAAGGAUUUGCAGCUAUUAGCAUCAUCUCUUGCCUUGGCGGCAUUAUCUAUUCCACUCUUUGAAAACGAGAAAGAAGAAGAUGAUUUGAGGAUGGCCAGUCUCAUAGGGUCUGAUCUUGAACCUAAACUCGAUAUGCUCUCCCGACCAGGUCUUGUGUCGGAGCUGGUUUCAAGAGGGGUUUUGAGAUGUGCAUCUCAGGAGGUUCAAGAUGUUUUCAAUGUUUUGGAGGAUGAGAUUUACUCACUUGAUCUUGAUCUUGGUUCCAGGAUUCAGCCUUUGCUGGAGAAAAUCUCCAAAUCUGGUGGGAAGCUGUCUUCAGUACCACAAGUGCAGCUCUCACAGUAUGUUCCUUGUUUGGAGAAACUUGCUACUCUGAGGCUGCUUCAACAGGUGUCCAAGGUUUAUCAGACUAUAAGCAUCGAGAGUUUAUCUCAGUUGGUUCCUUUCUUCGAGUUCUCAGUGGUGGAGAAGAUCGCUGUUGAUGCUUUUGUUGCCAUGAAAGUUGACCACAUGAAGGGUGUUGUAACUUUUGGAAGCUUGGAUAUUGAGUGUGAUGGAGUGAAGGAUGAUCUGGAUUUUUUGCUGAGUCUUUGA